AUGGACGGGCGCAACGGCAAGUGGGUGAAUGUAGACUAUACAAAUCGUAUUCUUGAAGAGUCAGUGGCGUUGUCUUGUGGACCGAUGACAAAUGAUGCGAACACUAGCGGCCAGAACAACCUCUCGCCCUUCCUUCCAGCAACUGGCGGUCAAUACGAACGUAACAUCACGUCCUCAACGUCUUCUAUACUCAGCAAUGCAUCUUCUAGCAUUCAAGUUGUUGUGAGCGAGCCGGUGAAGCAAGGCGAGGGUAUAAACUCAUACAUUUCAUACAAAAUUAGUACGACCACCACUCGUCCACAAUUUUCCAAGCGCUCAUUCUCUGUCGUGCGUCGCUACAGUGACUUUGUAUGGAUCCACACUCAUAUAAAUGCCAUGUAUCCUGGUGUCGUCGUCCCUCCUCUUCCUGAAAAGCUUUUAGUUGGACGAUUUUCGCCUGAAUUCAUUGAAAGCAGACGUCGAGCAUUACAGGUUUUUCUUCAACGCUGUUGUCUUCACCCGGAAUUGCAGCAUAGUCAACACUUGAUUACAUUUCUUGAAGCAAGUGAAGAUCAAUUGCAGCAAUUUCGAAAAGAUCCACGUCAUGCAGCUCCCAAUGCUCAGCGUGGCGUGCUAUUUCAAUGGCUAGACGAAACUGUCAGUACUAUUUCAUCGACUUUAAUCCCACCGACAUUAAAUCUACCCAAGACUCCAGCGGAUCUAGAAGUUGAUGAAAUGGUUUUAUAUAUUGAAGGAUUGGAACCAAUUAUGACGGGAUUGCAUAAACAUGCCCACGGAUUAACAAAACGUGCACGAGAGAUUGCCGACGGACUCUUUGAGUUUGGCGUGUCAUUUACAUUAUUAGGAAAAUCUGAAGAAAUUUUAUCAUUGCAAGAAGGUUUAAACGAAAUUGGACAUUGCUUGGAUCGAUUGUCGAUUUUAGCGGCAGAACAUGCUGAACGGGAGGCGCUACAUUUUGAAGAACCUAUUUUUGACUACAUUCGACUAGUUGGAGCUGUAAAAGCUGCAUUACAGAAAAGAAAUGACAAGCAAAAGAAGCGGUUUUGUCGAAAUUAUUGA